CUCGCGCCCCGGGGUGUUCCGGGCCGGGGCUGCGCGGUGCGCGCCGAGCGGGGUGAUUCAUGCAGCAGCCCCGGGGAGGGGGGCGGGGGCGCCGGCUCCCUGGCUCCGGCUGCGUGACUCACCCGCCCCCGCCGCCGCCGCCGCAAGCCCCGAGAGGAGCCGCCUCCGCUCCGCUCCUCGCCGGGCCCGGAAGCGGGGGGCUGGGGCCGUAUCCCCGUUUGCACAAUCUACCCCGAGGGGGGCCGAGGGGACGCCCCCUUAGGAGCAACCCGGGCUCCGUCGGGCGCCCCUCUCUCACGUCGGGGGAUCCCCCCCGCCCGCCCGGGCGAGGAGGGGGCGGGAGGAGUCGGUCCGACGAACGGGGGCAGAGGGGGAUGGCCCCCCGAUCACCUCCUGGGCUCCCCGGAGGAGAGGGGGGCGGGACGCCUGGGCCCCGCGACGGGGAAGGGGCGGCAGCGGAGAGGGAACUGAGCGGCAGAAAGCUCGUUUCCUGUUCAAAGUUCCAGGCUAUAGACUCAUGUUGGGUAAAGGCCUGAAGCGUAAGCGGGAAGAAGACCCAGCCUGGGGUGCGGGCCUGGCGCCGGACCCUGAAGGGUCCCCGGGCCCCACCGCCACACCCCCACCCUCCAGCUCCCUCUUCGAUCUCUCCGUCCUCAAACUCCAUCACAGCCUGCGGCGCGGAGAGCCGGACCUCCGCCACCUGGUCCUCGUGGUCAACACCCUGCGACGGCUCCAGGACGCCAUGGGGGCCGAGCCGGCCCAGCCCCCGCCACCCGUGCCGGAGCCCCCGGCUCCGCUCCCCCCGCCGCCGGAGCCCCUCGUCUCGGGUCCGGACUCCCCCCUUUGCACCUCCAUCGCCGCCCUGCUUGAUGACUUGAGCCACAUCGAGGGCCUCAGCGACGCCCCCUCUCCCCCCUCUCUGCCCCCUCCCGAGGAUGACCCUCUGGCCGGGCCCCCUCAGCCGGGCCCGGACGCCGACCGGCCCCCGUCGCUGGGGCCCCUGGAGCUGCUGGGGCCCGCGGCGGCCGGCUACCUCCUGGAGGACGGGCUGGAGGGGCUGUUUGAGGACAUCGACACAUCCAUGUAUGACUGCGAGCUCUGGCCCGGCGGCCUCAAGGCUGGUCCGGACCCCAUAGAGACCACGGGCAAGGCCGAGGGGCCUGGCUUGGACAUGUCGGAAUUGGACUACUUAAUGGACGUGCUGGUCAGCACACAGACGUUGUAGCGGGCUUGGGGGGGACAAAGGGGGCCUGCCUUCCCUCCCCAACGCCCUCCCUUUCCCCCCCCUCCAAUCUGGCACCGGAGACCGAAGUGGGGCCGAGACACCUCCCCCUAUGGGGUGAGAAGUUGGGGCGAUCCCAGACUUGGUGUGUGUGUUUUGGGGGGGGGGGGCGGCUGUUGAAUGAAAAUGAGUAAUAUAUGUAUAAACACCUGUUGUACGUC